AUGUGGAAUCCAGUAUUUAGAAAAUCUUUUAGCUUGAAUAAUAGUGUCGUUUAUCACAUUUUACGACGAAAAUAUUCAGAUCAAAAAAAUAUUGUUUUAAUAAAUGAUGUUAAUGAUGUUCGAAAAAUAGUUUUAAACAGUCCCAAAACUCGCAACUCAUUAUCUAUGGAAAUGAUGGAUAAUAUAAUGCAGGGUAUUAAAAGCAUUAAUAAUUUACCAAUUAGAUGUAUUGAAAUAUCUUCCAGUGGACCAGUUUUUUCAUCAGGGCAUAAUUUAAAAGACUUGGCAAGUGGAAAUGAAAAUCUUUACUUAGAUACCUUUUCAAAGUGUGCUGAUUUGAUGUUGUCCAUUAUAGAGGCUCCUGUACCUGUUUUGGCCAAAGUAAAUGGAAUAGCAGCUGCUGCAGGAUGUCAAUUGGUUGCCACAUGCGAUAUUGUCGUAGCAUCUGACAAAAGUACAUUUUCCACUCCAGGUGCAAAUUUUGGUAUAUUUUGUUCUACUCCUGGAAUAGCUUUGAGUCGUUGCGUAAAUAGGAAAGCAGCUGCAUUGAUGUUGUUAACCGGUUUGCCAGUAACUGCUGAAGAAGGUUUGAGAAUGGGUUUGGUAUCGAAAGUUUGUAAGGAAAAUGAAUUAGAUGAAGAAGUUGAUGCGAUAGUUAAUGCUAUCAAAUCUAAAAGUAAAGCAGUUAUCGAAUUAGGAAAAAAAUUCUUUUACACUCAUUUAGAGAAAGAUAUUUAUUCUGCAUAUAAAUUAGGAGCUCAAGUUAUGACAGAUAAUUUGAAAUUAGUCGAUGGACAAGAAGGACUUGAAAGUUUUGUACAAAAAAGGUCUCCAAAAUGGAUAAAUAAUUUUACAAUGAGUGAUAAAUUCAAAUGA